UGCUUAGAGACAGCCUAGCAGGCUCAUUUGUCCUGAUACUCUAGUCAGAGCAGGAUGUUUUCUUGUUGUCUUGGAAUGACUCGAGGCUCAGAACCUAAGAAAGAGAAAAGAGGAGGCCAUGGUGGAGGCCAUGGUGGUACCUGGAGAUCCCGGGUUCACUCCUGGUUCCAACGCCUCUGGCCAUUUGGCCGGAGAGAAAGAAACUCGACCCAGGGCAGCCAGGGCCAGGAUCACACAAACCAGGUUGCAAAGGAGUCUGCCCCAAAGGACCUGAAGGAGUCCUGUAGAAAGGCCUGCUUCAGUACUUUGGAAGAGGUGGUGAUUCAUCUGGUGAUUUCCCUGCAGAUUGGGGACCCCUCGGUUGUUCUCACGUUCAUUUGCAUACAUCAAAGGUAUGCAUACUUCUACCCUGAUUGUGAAGAGGAUGAAGAAGUUAUGGACACCAUCUCCACCUUCCUGGAUAUACGGAUUGAGAUGUUCCCUGAGGAUUUUUGCCAGGCAUCAGUCCUGUCCAUUCUGAAACAAGUGAAGAACUACUUGAUUGUCAACAUUCCCCAUUCAGAUGUUCUCAUGCAUGUCAAUGAACUCCUGACCCAGCUGCAGACAGAAGUGGCCAGUGACUCAGAGGCCAGCACUGAGGAAGCCUCAGAUGCCUUCAUCAGCAGCACAUCCUUAGAUCUGGGGAGCCGAACAUGCACAGAUCUGGAGCUUGAGGUCUGUUAACCAACAACGAAGACAGCUACACCAGAGCUGGAGACCACAACACUCAGCAGAAGUUUCUGUGACUCCUGUGAGAUGUGGCAGCAGCAGUUGGGUCACCACGCCGGCUAGCAGCUGUGGAUACUGAGUGUCAGCAUGUCAGCAGAUGCUGCAGCUUUUGCACAUCUGACUUUGCUGCAGUGCCUACCUCCCCAGGGAACGGCCCUGCCACCCGUUUCCCUUCUGCUGAACCAUCAGCACCUGCUCUGCAGACAGCACCAGUUCUGUGUUCCCCACAGAAU